AUGAGCCUCGAGAAAACACUAGCUCGGCUUCUCCUUCUGGUUCCUUACUCGUCUGGUGACGAGGACCAUGCCUCAGUGAAGGACGCUGUUCGAUUGAUUCUUGAAGGUCGUUCCAGGGAAUUGGUGGCGGAUCAACAUAUCCAAUCGGUUUUGUUUGGCACUCCAGAGAUAAAAGCCAUUGCUUCCAGCGGGGCUCUGUUUGUUGAUGUGUUACGGAGAUACACGAAUCAUUUGGUGCGUGUUAUGCAACCAGAAUUAUUCCAUAUGGUUCAAGUUGCCUUGCUUCAGUUGUUUAUACAAGGUAACUUUACAGGUCCCUCAUUGCAAGAGUCAACAGGAAGUGACCUUGGCGGAGGGAUUUUCGGAGGAACUGUUGGUCAGGAGAUGAUCCAUAGCGAGUCUCUUAAGCUUCUUUCUAUUGAAGGUCAACAACCUUAUGAUCUCAUGGUUGACCCCUUGUUACUUGUGGUUUCUCUUCUCAUGUCCGAGAGCUUUCUCGGCUUAUCUCCGGAAUACUCUUUGGUCGGAAAAGAUAUGAAUAUUCUGGUGGAGCAAACCAUUGCCCGUGUUUCCUCUUUGGACACUAGUAGCACUGCAUUGAGGGCCUCGGUUACUUGGUUUUGGGUUAGAGCGUUGCAAGUUCAUUUGGUGGUUGUUACUGAACCUCCAAGUGUAUUGACAUCGGUAUCAUCUCAAUUGUUAACUCCGGCAUUGGUAAAUGCUAUUGCUACCAACGAGCCGGAAUUGCAACGGAAUUUACAGUUGAUUUAUUUUUUGGAGAAAGCCAGAAUUCAUAUCCAUGGGCUUACAGAACAUCUUGCUACAUCAUUCCUUAUUGAGGCCAAACGAAUCUCUGAGUUGCAGUUGGUUCUUUCAGGUGCCAAAGCAAAACGGACCAAGUUUCAAAAGUUUCACACGUCAGCAUUGAUUAUUUUGGCCAAAUCAAAGGAAUCUUCAUUGUACCAAACUGGUGCUGGAAAUGGUGAUGAAAAUCCAGAGAAUUUUGAACUCAACUCCGAUCUUUUAUUGGAAAGACCUCAAUUCGAGUCACUUGAUGAUUUGGAGAUCUCUGAUGAAAGAAAUCCCAAAAGAGUAAAGUUUAGUGACGUUAGUUCGUUUCGUACUGACGAAGUUGAAGAACCUUUAUUGCCAAUUGCUAUUAAGACAGACGAUAUUCCUUCUGGUUUAAGACAAUUGGAUCCUAAUGAUCAACCUCCUCUUAAUGAUUUGGAUAACGUCCAAUUAUUGUUACGGUUAACGACUAUAAAACAAACCACUCCAGCAUCUGACCCACUCAUCGCAGAAGAACUCAUGGCUUUAGUGUCUAGAGUGCUUUCCGUCUCGGGUUCUAAAGUCAAUUGGACUAUAUUUUCCAGAGCCUUAUGGGAAAGAUCAGUUUUGGAAACUGGUAAGGCUAAGACUAUUGAAAGGGGGAUUUUACAAAUGACCUCUUUAGUGGAAGAAAUUGGUAUUAAAAUUAAAUCUAGAAUUAUCCCUCAAGCUGUUGAAUCACCAAGCUCCCAUUCUCCUGAAGCUUCAAGACUUCGGUUCAUUCAUCAGUUGACUUUGUUCCCUCAAUGGGCCAUGGACGCCAAAUUGGCUGACAAGUAUAUGUCUUUAGGAGUGUUGAGAUCAGCUAUUGAAAUCUAUGAAAGAUUAAACAUGAGUUGUGAAGCUGCCUUGUGUUAUGCAGCUGUUGGCCAGGAAAGCGAAGCCGAAAAUGUCAUCUUAAAACGUAUUGAAACCCACCCACAAGAUGCUAGAGCCAUCUCCAUAUUGGGUGAUAUUAGACAAGAUCCUGCUAUGUGGACGAAAGCCUGGGAAAUUGGUAGAUACCCCAAGGCUAAGAGUGCCCUCUCAAGAUACUACUACAACCCACCAAAGGAUAGUCAGUUGGUGAAGAGUAUUCCAGAUGCCAUUAAGCAUAUGAACGACUGUUUAAAGAUCAACCCAUUAAAUUAUGAGAAUUGGUUCUUCUAUGGUUGUUUGGGAUUGGAGUCUGGUCAAUUUGAAUUGUCCGCUGAAGCCUUCACUCGUUGUGUGGGGCUUGAUGAUGAUAAUGCUCAUGCGCUAAGCAAUCUUGCGACUUCGUUCAUUCAACUUGGCCAAAUGAAACAAGCAUAUAAUGCCUUGAAGAAAGCAGUGUCCAUAAGUCAGGAUAAACCUUCAUGGAAGAUUUUGGAGAAUUUUCUUAUAGUUUCUGUUCGUUUGAACGAAUGGAACGACGUCUUAAUGGCCUCAAGAGAGUUGAUAAAUGUCAAGGUGAAGGCUAAUAGAAGCGAAAGUUCAGUAGACAUUCCUGUCAUUGAACAAUUGGUUGAAAUCUUAGUUACCUCUGAAUACCCUACUGGAGAAGAGCAGCAAAGGCUCAGCCAUUUCCAAGCUUCUUGUAUUGAUUUUGUGUGUAAUAUGUUACCUACAGUGAUCAAUUCUUCUGGAAGAUUAUGGAGACUUAUUUCCAGAGUUGAAUUAUGGAGAAAGAAGCCAUGGGCUGCUCUUGAAUGCUAUGAGAAGGCUUAUAGAGCUUUGAGUCAAACCACUAGUUUGGAGACUGAAGAGACUACGUGGAAUGAAGCUGUGGAAGCCUGUGGAGAUCUUGUUGCGGCUUAUGAAUCACUAGGAGAACUUGAAGGUAAGCAUGGAGCAGGGGACAUUGUUUGUAAAGAUUGGAAGUAUAAGGCCAGAACAUCUGUGCGGUCAUUGAUGUCUAAAGGGAAAGAUACCUGGGAAGAUUCACCUGGUUGGGAAAGAUUACAAGAAUUGAAGGAAGAAAUAGCAAACAUGUGA